AUGCAUGCUUUCGCAAGACAAGCACUGACAACGUGCAAGAGGAAUGCACGAAGCUUCUCAUCUUCCUCUCCUUCGCUGAAAUUGGCCGGCUCGCAACCAUUGCGAGCUACUGCUGCUGAGACCCCAUUAUCUGCAAACUACCCUAUCAUUGACCAUACCUAUGAUGCCAUCGUUGUUGGUGCUGGUGGUGCUGGUCUACGAGCUGCCUUCGGUCUCGCCAAAGAGGGAUUCAACACCGCUUGCAUAACGAAACUAUUCCCUACUCGAUCACACACUGUCGCUGCCCAAGGUGGUAUCAACGCCGCCCUUGGAAACAUGACUGAAGACGAUUGGAGAUGGCACUUUUAUGAUACCGUCAAAGGUGCUGACUGGCUCGGUGACCAAGAUGCCAUCCACUACAUGUGUCGCGAGGCACCAAACACUGUCAUUGAAUUGGAACAUUAUGGUGUCCCAUUCUCGCGUACUGAAGAGGGUAAAAUCUAUCAACGUGCUUUUGGUGGUCAAUCUCUGAAGUUCGGAAAGGGUGGUCAAGCAUACAGAUGUGCCGCCGUAGCUGAUCGAACCGGGCACUCUCUCCUCCACACUUUAUAUGGUCAAUCUCUACGAUACAACACUACAUACUUUAUUGAAUACUUUGCCCUUGAUCUUAUCAUGGAAAACGGUGAAUGUCGUGGUGUCAUCGCCAUGAACAUGGAAGAUGGUACUCUUCAUCGAUUCCGAUCUCACAAGACAGUAUUAGCCACUGGUGGUUAUGGUCGUGCCUACUUCUCAUGUACUUCUGCUCACACUUGCACUGGUGACGGUAACGCCAUGGUCGCUCGUGCUGGUCUACCUCUACAAGAUUUAGAAUUCGUCCAAUUCCAUCCAACUGGUAUCUACGGUGCUGGUUGUUUGAUUACUGAAGGAUCUCGUGGUGAAGGUGGAUACCUCCUCAACUCUGAAGGUGAACGAUUCAUGGAACGAUAUGCUCCAACCGCAAAGGAUUUGGCUUCUCGUGAUGUCGUGUCUCGUAGUAUGACUGUAGAAAUCAGAGAAGGUCGUGGUGUUGGACCCGAAAAGGAUCACAUCUACUUACAGUUGAGUCACUUGCCUGCUGAAGUCUUACACACUCGUCUCCCUGGUAUCUCUGAAACUGCCGCCAUCUUUGCUGGUGUUGAUGUCACCAAGGAACCAAUCCCUGUAUUGCCAACUGUCCACUACAACAUGGGUGGUAUCCCAACCAAAUACACUGGUGAAGUCGUAGACCACAAGGACGGAAAGGACACAGUAAUCCCUGGUCUAUAUGCUGCCGGUGAAGCUGCCUGUGUCUCUGUACACGGUGCUAACCGUCUAGGUGCCAACUCUCUCCUCGAUAUCGUCGUAUUCGGUCGUGCCGCUGCUCUCCACAUCAAGGAUAACUUAAAGCCCGGUACUCCUCAUAAACCACUACCUAAAGAUGCUGGUGCUGAAUCCAUCGCACGUCUCGACAAGGCCCGAUAUGCUAACGGUGCCAUCCCAACUGCCGAUGUACGUCUAAAGAUGCAAAGAGUCAUGCAAAACCAUGCUGCUGUAUUUAGGACAGAAGACUCUCUCCAAGAGGGUGUUGUAAAGAUUGAUGAAGUUGCCAAGUUGGUCAAGGAUGUCAAGACUAGUGACAGAUCUUUGGUCUGGAACUCGGAUCUGAUUGAAACUUUGGAAUUACAGAACUUGAUGACCAACGCCGUGCAAACCAUGCACUCUGCUGCCAACCGUAAGGAAUCCCGUGGUGCUCAUGCCCGUGAUGACAUCAAGGGUCGUGACGAUGUUGAAUGGAUGAAGCACACGUUGUCAACCAACGAUGCAGCAACUGGCAAAGUAACUUUGGCAUACCGUCCAGUAGAAGCCAAGACUUUGGACGCCUCCGAAGUUACUUCAGUGCCACCGGUUGCUCGUGUUUACUAG